AUGAAUCAAACGGAAAUACAUAAUAAUAAAAAAAAAAAUUUCGACCCCAGCAAAAUAAAAUUAGACUUGAAUGAUCUACCGACCAUUCCGGCUCGCCUGGGUAGUGCAAGAUAUAAGGUGCUACCUGAAAUUAGGCAGAAAUUAUCGACCGACCAGUUGACCAAAAAUCAGAAAAACAGCCAGAUUUCUCAUGAAAAACCCGCAUCAAAAGUUUCAGAGAAAAUUCAUUCAAAAAUUAAUGAAACCUCUUCAAAACCCCUUAGCAUCUCUUCCGGAAAAAUUACUUCGAAAACGAAAAACAACGACGAAAUUAACGUCAGUGAAGAUGACAUCACCACCAUCACAACAUCAAAUCCUAUUAACAUCGCCAUCAAAAUGCCCAGUGGCCAUCUGAUGAAGGGGCUCUUCAGUCCAACCAACACACUAAAUGACAUUCUGAAGUACGUAAUCAACAAAAAUUCACCGCCAGACAAAAACGUUCGGCAGGGCGGCGUAAUAAGCAGACGACAUUUUCUAAACAAAAAUUCACUGCUAAGCAAGGGCACUAAUGAGACUAAUGUCUGUGUCAGCUCGCCUGCUUCUAAAAGCUUCACUAAUGCUUCUACUAACAACCUCAACAAUGUUUCUAUUUAUAAUUGGACCCCAGUUGUCAUUGAUUUGCUGGAGUUUUAUUUGUUUGACGUUUGA